GAGGAGGAAAGGGGAAGGGCAUUACCCCGUCGCCUCGCUCCCCUUCCCCAAUAUAAAGAAAAGGACACGCUCUCCCACACCUCCUCUUCUUCGGGCCUCAAAAGAAAGAAACCCCGAGAGAGAGAGAGAGAGAGAGAGAGAGAGACUCGGCUCCCCUCUCCCUCGUGCUCCAAUCGGAUGAUACAUUAGUGAAGCCCCGGAAUUUCCCCUAAUUCCCUGCCAAACCCUUCCCUCCCUCUUCCUCUCUCCUACCUCGCUUUUUUUUUUUUCUUUUUCUUCUUUUUUAAUCUCUUCUUUGCUUCGGAAGCCUGCCGAUCCCGCGAUCGGAACCCUAGCAUUUACGUCACUGGCGAUGUCGCCCGGCUCCGACCCGUCCUCCACCAACCGCAUCUUCCCCCGCCCCGCCCGCGGCGGCAGCGGCGGCGGCGGCGGCCUCUACUCCCCCUGGGCCCGAGUUGUCCGCGGCGAGCCCGAGAGCGUCCCGGAGGCACCCUCAUCGCCGCCGCCGCCCGCCCCGAUCUCUUCCUCGGAACCCCCCGAUCGGUCCCCUUCCCCCGUGGAGAACGCGGCCUCGUCGUCUGCGCCGCCGCCGUCCGAGAGCGCGGACCACGGGAGCAACGGCAAUGCCGCCGCCGACGCUCCCCGAGGGAAGAAGCCGGCUUGGAAUAUGCCGCCCAAUGGGUCCAAUGAAGCAGGCCCUGUUAUGGGGGCCGACUCCUGGCCACCUCUCUCCGAGUCUACCAGGGUUUCUCCUAAAUCAUCGUCUUCAGAUUCUUUGAAGGCCCUCUCGGAUGGAUCGGUCUCUGCUCCCCCGGGGUCUCCGAUCAUAUCUCCUUUGCAGAAGCCAAAUUCCAGUCAUCCGAACCCUAAUUCUACUUCAAACCAUGCGGGCCCUGUCCGCCAGAAAUCCAAUCCGAAUCCUAAUUCCAUGAGGCGUGGUGGUGCAGGCGGCGGCAGUAGCAGUGGUUCCUCAGCCAAUGGUGGACCGCCGCCGCCUUUACCACCACAGGCUUCGCCGGAGACAGCACAGAUCAUCCCAGGGAAACCGUCUGGCCCAGAGCCUUCCCCCAAAGACCAUCCCAACAGGAGCAAUAGCAACUGGGAUCAUGGCUGGAGGAGCAGCGGGUUAACGCCACAGUCACAGGGUGCAUGGGAUCACCAUCGCGGCUAUGGCAGCAGUCGCAGGGGCAGCAGUGGUGGCGGUGGAUCUCACCAUGGAGGCUACGGGAGUCGGAGGGAUCACGAGCGGGGGGGCUAUGAUUGGAAUCCUCCUCGAGGUUUUAGUGGGAGAGAUGCUCACAUGCCCCUGCCGCCACAGCAGCAGCGGGGUCAUCCCCGGUCUUUCCCCAGGCCACCUUCACCUGCUUCGGCACCGUUUAUCAGCCCUCUGCAGGUCCGGCCUUUUAUGAGCCCCUUAGGCUUUGCCGAAUUUCCUCCUCCUAUGUUUUACUUCGGGCACCCCACACCAAACAUGUUUGUUGCUCAUCAAGUACCACCUGCAGUACCCCCUACUAUGUUUGUUACUGCAGCAGAUUAUCAGCGUACUGCGUUAUUGAAGCAGAUAGAGUACUAUUUCAGUCCUGAUAACUUGUGUAAAGACAUAUAUUUGAGGCAGAAUAUGGAUGACCAAGGUUGGGUUCCGAUAUCUUUGAUUGCUGGCUUCAAUCGAGUCAAGCAAUUGGCAAACAACAUACAGUAUAUAUUGGAUACCGUACGCGGUUCAGACAUAGUGGAAGUACAGGGUGAGAAAAUAAGGCGGCGUAAUGAUUGGAUGAAUUGGAUAUUGCGAGCACCACCUAAUCAAUACAGUACCUCUUCCGGAUCUUCCUCCCCCACAACGCCAAACUAUGAUUCUCUGGCAGCUCGUAUGCAUAAUGUUGGACUCGGGGAGGGGGCUGCUAACCAUGACAGGAUAUGGGGCCAAACUCAUACUGAGGUGGUUCUUAGUAGAUCAUCAUCUGAGAACCUGAAUAACCAGUCACAGGUUGGAGAACCUGAUGGGGAAGAGAAUGUGCACGUAACUGGCAACAGUGAAUCAGAUCGAUCUUUGUCUAUGCGAAGCUAAGAAGCUACACUACAAGGCCAUUUUCAUGUCAUGGGGAAGUUUGUGGGAAAAUUGUUGCUAAUGAGGGAUUAGGUCACUCUCGGGGUCCUUUGAAAAGUGAGGUCUUUGCCAUCCUUGGCUUGGAAUGUUGGUCUCGCUAAGAGGAUAGCUAAUAAAAAGCAAAAAAAAAAGAAGGGGAAAAUAGAAAUAAAAAACAAAUUAAAGGACAAGUGAAACGGCAUAACUAGAUAGAGAAUCCACCAAAUAGUAUAGUUUGGUUUGGCUUGGGUGAAUGGCGAUUUUUGAUGGUGAUGUUAUUGGUAUGUUUGGUCCUUUAGGGGUGUCCUUGAACAAUCCCAGCCUUUUUGGUCGCUAUCAACAUUUGUUGAGAACAGAAUUGAGCUGUUCUCACGUGAUGUUAUUGGUAUGUUUGGUCCUUUGGGGGUGUCCUUGAACAAUCCCAGCCUUUUUGGUCACAUACCAACAUUUUUUGAGAACAGAAUUGAGCUGUUCUCAUGUUCUAGAAGUGGGAUUAAGAGGGAUGGACAUGAUAUAAAAUCUUAUAUGCCCUCCCUCAAGAGACUUAUAUCACAAAAAUAUACCUUUUCUUCAGCUGAAGAUUAUCACUCCAUAAAAUUCCGUCAUUGUUUGGAUAAAUUAUUUGAUAUGUGCUAGGCCCACAGUUUUUUUAGUUUAUAUAUAGUCUGGAUUGUGUGAUUUAUUUAGUUCGCUGGUACGACAUGUAUAAUCAUCCAGCAUAAUGUGGAUUCCUAAAUCAUUUCAUAUAAUUUCAAGAUCUUCAUUGAUAUUUUAUU